AUGGCUCAACAUAAAAUAAAAGAUCCCAAGGCCAUAGCCUGUAUCACCAUUGCUUUGCUUGGAUUAAGCGCUGCUAUUGUUUUCUUUACAAUAGGUGGCGUCUUUUUUGCCAAAGAAAAUCCCAAGUUGUUGAAUUAUGCCAACGAUAUGUGUACAGUUCAAUCAAGUUCAGUGAGAAGCUAUCAAUGCAGAACACGUUAUAGUCAUUACACUUGUUAUGGUGCCAUAUGGAAUGUGUAUCAUGGAGAAAAUAAUACUAUAAAUGCUAUAGUAGAGGAAGACCAGCGAUCGAGAUCUUAUUCAACUGCGCUGAAAAGAACACAAGGCUAUAGGAUUGGUACAUCAUAUUCAUGUUGGUAUGAUACUAGAAGACCAUCGGUUGCUCAAUGGAACAAGCCAAGUACAGUUGCAGCUAUUAUUCUCCUUUGUUGUGGCGGAGUAUCAGUUUUACUUACUGGCCUCUUUACAUUUCUUUCCGUGAAACUUGUUAAACAGGAAAUAUUGCAACAAGCACAUGAUAACAUGGAUUCAUAUUCUAGUUCAAACAUUUUUAUUAAACAAUAA